AUGCAGGCGUUUGCUCCUUUUCUCCAACCUCCUCUCCCCCUUAUCACUCAGCGCAUCGACUGGAGCGAGAACGCCGAGCGCACCCUUCCGGUGUAUGGAGCGAAGAUGGAUGCAGCCAGGUUGCAGGCAGAGCUUCUUGCUCGGCGUCCUAUCGUUGCAAGCGCUCCGGAUCCUGCUCUUGUUUCCUCGUCAGGAUCCGGGCAAGCCUCUCCGGCCGCCGGUCGCGCGUCACUCGGUACAAGAGCGCCUUUAAUGGCACCGCAAACAUCGACCCCGUCCUCCGACGCUCGUCUCCUUCAACCCGCGCACGGUCUCGCGGCUUGUCCAGCCUUCACUUCAACGCCUGCAGAGGCUCCGCACGAUAUCGUUGGAUCUACCGCUGCGCCGCUAAGUAUCAAAAUUGACCGCAAAUACGAGAUUCCUCAAGGACAGCCUGGAAAACAAGGUCGGGGUGGAUACGAUUUGGAAAACAAGCUCAAAGGGGAAUGCCACUGGUCCGCGGAGGAAUACGAGGAAGUCGGAUCUCUAGUCCUCGAACUUGCGCCCAAAUAUCUGAACCAAGACGUUUGCUUCAGGAGGAACAAGACUUUACCUAUAGCAGCACUGUGUCUUGAGGUGCGUCGGUUUAUUCUCCACGUCCCAAACCCGCAUCUGAGCCGGCUCAAGGUCCUCGAAAAACAUCCCUUUCUCAGACCAUAUCGCGACCAUUGGCCAAUAAAGGCCUUCAUUAAACUGCACCUCAAGGCCACUUCUCGAAAGCAUCGGACCUCACAAGCCGACGACAACUAG